GAGCUGACUCUGAUAAUGAGGCUGUGAAGGAGAACAGGCCGAGUGAGGCGUGACCUUAUCCGGUGACAGCUGUACGGACUACAUGUGUCUUUGCUUUGUAGGUAUUUUUGUCGUUGCCGCUAAGAGGACCCCGUUUGGCACCUUCGGGGGGAUUCUGAAGGAUCACUCGGCAACAGAAUUAGGAGAGAUCGCAGCAAAGGCCGCACUUGCUGCCGGCAAUGUGGCCCCUGACGCAGUGGACAGCGUGAUAUUCGGAAAUGUCGCUCAGACCGCCAGCGACGCCAUCUACCUGACCAGACACAUAGGCCUCCGUGUUGGCAUCCCCGUUCCUGUUCCGGCUCUGACGGUCAACAGACUGUGCGGUUCUGGUUUCCAGUCCGUUGUCAACGGGUGCCAGGAAAUUGCUCUGCGGGAGUCAGAGAUCGUCAUGUGCGGAGGAUCGGAGAGCAUGAGCCAGUCUCCAUACGCUGUUCGAAAUAUCCGAUUUGGAACCAAGCUGGGAUUGGACCUCAAGGAAAUGGAAGAUACUCUCUGGGCUGGGCUUACUGAUUCCCUAAUAAAGACCCCCAUGGCCAUCACAGCUGAGAACCUGGCUGAAAAAUAUGGAAUCUCCAGGCAGGACUGUGACAACUACGGCUACCAGAGCCAGCAGAGGUGGAAAGCUGCUCAGGACGCUGGAUACUUCACAGCAGAAAUGGCCCCGAUUGAAAUCAAAACAAAGAAAGGACUUGUAAAAAUGGAGCAAGAUGAGCACCCGAGACCCCAGACCACCCUGGAGCAAAUGGCCAAACUGCCGUCAGUGUUCAAGAAGGAUGGAGUGGUGACGGCUGGGAACGCCUCGGGUGUUUCCGAUGGAGCCGGAGUUCUCAUCUUGGCCAGCGAAGAAGCCGUUACAAAGCACAAGCUCACCCCGCUCGCCAGGAUCGUAGCCUACCAUGUUUCUGGAUGUGAGCCCAAGAUCAUGGGCAUAGGCCCCGUUCCUGCCAGGACAGAGUCUUUGAAAAAAAGUGGACUUUGCCUUCAAUAAAGGGACUGUACCCAGGUUAAUGAGGCUUUCGCUGCUCAGUACUUGUCAGUGGAGAAGGCUCUAGGGCUAGAUCCUAAAAAGACAAAUGUAAAUGGAGGAGCCAUAGCGCUGGGCCAUCCCCUGGCCGCAUCUGGGUCUCGAAUCACAGCGCAUCUUACCCAUGAACUGAGACGCCUUGGUGGUAAAUACGCUGUGGGAUCGGCCUGUAUUGGAGGAGGUCAGGGUAUCGCCGUCAUUCUGGAGAAUGUGGCCUAAGCCUGAAGUGCACAACGAAAAUCUAAUAAUAAUGUGACUUUUCAGCAAAUCCAUCACCAACUCUUCUUCCA